AUGUUUGAAUCACUAUUGAAUGAUUACUUCGAUCAUAACCCACAGAAGGAAUGGUCAGUUAUUAAUGCCUUGCGAUAUAUAGAAGCAAAAACAGAAUUAUUAACUUCAGAUACAAUCAAUAUUUUCAAGGAUGACAUGUAUUCGUUACUAAGUAGUUUGAGUGACAAAUGCUAUGUGCACAAGUUUGCCAAGAAAAAGGCGAGGAAAAUUCUGACAAACUAUGAUAAGACAUUCUUUUCAACCGAUGUAAAACGUUUCAUUGAUGAAAUUGAACUAAAAAAUGAAAAAAAGGUAUUUCACACAUUGAUAAGUCGAAGAGUUACAUCCGCAAGUACAUUAAGGGCACUGGAGGAGCAUCAUAUGGCCAGAAUAGCAAUCGAAGAUUUGUGCAAUGUAACAAACACAACAUCAACCAUCGAUGAAGAUCUUAGGGGAGAAAUAAUGGAUGGAGUCGAGAAUAGUCAAAUUGUUUCCGAAGCUGUACAAGAGUCGAGUAAUUUCAAAAAUCAAGAAGCAGAUAACAACGUUCUUGAUGAAAUUGUUGUAAACAAGAUGUCUGCCUUACUUUUCUCGAACUUUUCUCUUGAAGAAAUUUGGAUAAAAGUAAUAGAGCGACUAAAGAAAAACGGUUUGCGAGUACAGUCUAUUGAAUCACGAAUUAUAGAUCUCUCAGAAUGGACUAAGGUCGAAUGGAACAGGAUCCUUAAAACGUCUGACUAUUCACAAUUGUUCAUUAAAUCAAGAAAAAAGCUUUCUAUUAAGACAAAAUUAAUAAUGAUGUACAGCAAUUGUUACGUGAUGGAUCUGACCGGAUGGUCACCAGAUGAUCUAAUAUUGUGGAGAAAUAAAUUUAUGAAUUUGAAAGAUUUAUCUGAAGAUUCGCUGUUAACUAUUGAAAUAAUUGAUUUUUUCCAUCAUUGUUUACGAAGAGAGAUAAAUAUCCUAGUUUUAAAACAUAGAGAAUGUGACUUCAUUGUCAAAGUUCUUAGUCCAAUAAUUGGCACGCUUCUAAAAGAAUUUGAUAUCAGCACUUUUAAGCUUAACUGGUAUGUAAUGGCAGUGCAUGAAGAAUAUAUGACGCUUACUCCUGAUAUGAAAAAAAUGGAUUUAAUCAUUUCAUUGCGAAGUCAUCAAGCCGAACUUUUACCACUUGAAAUAGGAAAUACCUCAGGACCAAUGGAUGAUACAAAUAUCGAAAAAACCACUCAAAAUUAA